AACAUUUCCUAAUGACUGCUAACGCCAGCGUGAAUGACUAUUUAUUUGAACCAAAUGCUAACUCUUACUCCUGUCCCCGUGCAGUGAGCUGCUUUAGGGCUUCGUUACGUUAAACAGGGAACGCCUUUAUUGUGCAACACCACUUGCAAAACCGUAACACGCUGGCACUGAUAAGAUAAAGAUAAGGGAAUUAUACAUAAUAUAUGCAACCAGGAUGCUGACAUAAUAUUUACACAAAGGCUGUGUAAUUACACAGAAACUGCGCAAAUAUUUUGAUAAGCAGAAAGGGGCGGCUUGCCACAGUUUAGUCAGUCACAGAGAAGAAAAAAAGUUUUUUUCUUAUUUCUCCUGCAUUUGAUUUUUAAGGGUUGAAGCUAAAAGGGUCUCUGAGUAUGUGCACUGGAAAGUGUUCCCGGCUCAUUGGGCUGAUGUUGAUCUCUGCAGCCUUUGCUUGCAUUAUAGCAAACCUCCUUCUGCUGUUUCCAAAUGCAAGGUUGCUCGACACCGACAAGAUCACUCUGCAAGCCUGGCUCAUGGGAGGGCUAGUUGGAGGAGGUUUGUUUAUGUUAUGUCCUGCAACCUCAGCAGUAAGAGCUGGAGGGAAGGGUUGCUGUGGAGCUGGUUGCUGUGGCAACCGUUGCCGGAUGCUGAAUUCUGUCUUCUCGUCUGCGUUCGGGGUGCUUGGAGGUCUCUACUGCGUCGGUGUGUCUUCUGCUGGGCUUGCCAAAGGACCCAAGUGCCUCACCGCGAGUGAAAAGUGGGAGUACCCCUUUCAGGACAUGAAAGGAAAUGCGAGUUACCUGGUGAACGAGGACAUAUGGAAGCUGUGCUUGGAGCCCGAUAACAUUGUCCUGUGGAACAUCGUCCUCUUCUCAAUCCUCCUUGGACUCGGGGGUGUGGAAGUGAUCCUGUGUGGGAUCCAGGUGUUGAACGCAUGCCUGGGCUGCGUGUGCGGAGACUGCCGCAAAAAACGAAAUGACGAUGAUGGAGGCUUAUGAAAAAAAAAGAAAAAAGAAAAAUCACUCCAGUCGACCUCAGAAAAAAAAAAAAAAAAAAAAAAAAAUUCUCUUUUUAGAUAAUAUUCGUAACUGUGUGGUAUUUUUUGGUAUUAUUAAAGCACGUUUCCUAUAACGUAUUGUACGUUUUACUGGGUAACAAUUAAUUUCAUUUUUUUCAUUAAAGUAUGUAGAUGUUAAUUUUUUUUUAAGCUAUGGUAAACUGUUUUGCUUUUUUUCGCCAACUUUCUGUUUAUUGAAAUACUGCAGCGCUGUUGGACAUAAAUGCGUUCUGAAAAAUUA